AUGCGGGCCCGGAGCGCAGCGCGGGGCGCGCUGCUGCUGGCGCUGCUGCUGUGCUGGCACCCGAGGCUGAGUCGAGCAGGUAGGGAGCGCCGGGGCGUGAGGGCGGGGGGCGCGGGGACCCCGAAGUUGAGGCGGCCCUUCUCCGCGCUGAGUGCCGCCGAGCCACGCACCUGCAUCCUUCCCAGGGCCCCCGGGGCCCCGCGCGCCUGGCGGCUCCAGAGGGUCCAGCUGUUGCUGCGCGCGCCGGGUGUGCGCUCGCUGCCGUUCGCCAACUUCCCACCCCGGCCGCCGCUCGCUCACCUGCCGCCGCGCGCUUCGCAGGCGCGGACCCGCAGACAGGAGCCGGACAGCGGGAGACCGGCGGAGCCUGGGAUGCGCUCGUCAGGUGGCCUCACCUCUCUGGGCUGUCCGAAUGUCUCCCUCUCUGAAGACGCAGAGCCCCCAGGCAUCCUGGAGCGGUGCGGAGGCCCGGGAGUGGCAGGCCUGCAGCCCAGCCCUCAUGGAGCCCUGUCUCCCGCAGGCUCUGACUCAGGCAGCGAGGUGCUCCCAGACUCCUUCCCGUCGGCGCCUGCGGAGCCGCUGCCCCACUUCCUGCAGGAGCCGCAGGAUGCCUACAUCGUGAAGAACAAGCCCGUGGCCCUGCGAUGUCAUGCCUUCCCGGCCACACAGAUCUACUUCAAGUGCAAUGGCGAGUGGGUCAGCCAGAAUGACCACGUCACCCACGAGGGUCUGGACGAGGCCACCGGCCUGCGGCUGCGAGAGGUGCAGAUCGAGGUGUCCCGGCAGCAGGUGGAGGAGCUGUUUGGGCUGGAGGAUUACUGGUGCCAGUGCGUGGCCUGGAGCUCUGCGGGCACCACCAAGAGCCGCCGGGCCUAUGUCCGCAUUGCCUACCUGCGCAAGAACUUUGACCAGGAACCUCUGGGUACAGAGGUGCUCCUGGACCACGAGGUGCUCCUGCAGUGCCGCCCGCCGGAGGGGGUGCCUGUGGCUGAGGUGGAAUGGCUCAAGAAUGAAGACGUCAUCGACCCCAGCCAGGACCCCAACUUCCUGCUCACCAUCGACCACAACCUCAUCAUCCGCCAGGCCCGCCUCUCCGACACGGCCAACUACACCUGCGUGGCCAAGAACAUGGUGGCCAAGCGCCGCAGCACCACCGCCACAGUCAAUGUCUACGUGAAUGGCGGCUGGUCCAGCUGGGCAGAGUGGUCACCCUGCUCCAACCGCUGCGGCCGAGGCUGGCAGAAGCGCACGCGGACCUGCACCAACCCCGCCCCGCUCAAUGGAGGUGCCUUCUGUGAGGGCCAGGCCUUCCAGAAGACUGCCUGCACCACCGUGUGCCCCGUGGACGGGGCGUGGACCCAGUGGAGUAAGUGGUCAGCCUGCAGCACCGAGUGUGCCCACUGGCGCAGCCGCGAGUGCACGGCACCCCCUCCCCAGAACGGAGGCCAGGACUGCAGCGGGACGCUGCUGGACUCCAGGAACUGCACGGACGGGCUGUGCGUGCAGAAUAAGAAACCGCUAAGCGACCCCAAAAGCCACCUCCUGGAGCCCUCUGGGGACGUGGCGCUCUACGCGGGCCUCGUGGUGUCCGUCCUCGUGGUCGUGGUGGUCCUCCUGGUGGUGGGCGUGGUCGUGUACCGCCGGAGCUGCCGCGACUUCGACACCGACAUCACAGACUCCUCUGCCGCCCUCACCGGUGGCUUCCACCCAGUCAACUUCAAGACUGUGAGGCCCAACAACCCACAGCUCCUCCACCCAUCUGUGCCCCCUGACCUGACCGCCAGCGCCGGCCUCUACCGUGGGCCUGUGUACGCCCUGCAGGACUCGGCCGACAAGAUCCCCAUGACCAACUCACCCCUGCUGGACCCCCUGCCCAGCCUCAAGAUCAAGGUCUACAGCUCCAGCACCACUGGCUCUGGGCCAGGCCUGCCAGACCCGGCCGACCUGUUGGGGGUCCUGCCCCCCGGCACUUACCCUGGAGACCUGGCCCGAGAUGCCCACCUCCUGCAUGUGCGCAGCGCCAGCCUGGGCUCCCAGCAGCUCCUGGGCCUGCCCCGGGACCCGGCCAGCAGUGUUAGCGGCACCUUCGGCUGCCUGGGCGGGAGGCUCAGCAUCCCUGGCACAGGGGUCAGCCUACUGGUGCCCAGCGGAGCCAUCCCUCAGGGCAAGUUCUAUGAGAUGUAUCUCCUGAUCCACAAGGCAGAGAGCACCCUCCCGCUCUCGGAAGGAACCCAGACAGUAUUGAGCCCCUCAGUGACCUGCGGGCCCACCGGCCUCCUGCUGUGCCGCCCCGUCAUCCUCACCGUGCCCCACUGUGCCGAAGUCAGUGCCGGCGACUGGAUCUUCCAGCUCAAGACCCAGGCCCACCAGGGUCACUGGGAGGAGGUGGUGACCCUGGAUGAGGAGACCUUGAAUACCCCCUGCUACUGCCAGCUGGAGGCCAGGUCCUGCCACAUCCUGCUGGACCAGCUGGGCACCUACGUGCUCACCGGCGAGUCCUACUCCCACUCAGCUGUCAAGCGGCUCCAGCUGGCUAUCUUCGCCCCUGCCCUCUGCACGGCCCUGGAGUACAGCCUCAGGGUCUACUGCUUGGAGGACACGCCUGUAGCGCUGAAGGAGGUGCUGGAGCUGGAGCGGACGCUGGGGGGCUACCUGGUGGAAGAGCCCAAGCCCUUACUGUUCAAGGACAGUUAUCACAACCUGCGCCUCUCCCUCCACGACGUCCCCCAUGCGCACUGGAGGAGCAGGCUGCUGGCCAAGUACCAGGAAAUCCCCUUCUGUCACAUAUGGAGUGGCAGCCAGAAGGCCCUGCACUGCACCUUCUCGCUGGAGCGGCUCAGCCUGGCCGCCACGGAGCUCACCUGCAAGAUCUGCGUGCGCCAGGUGGAGGGCGAGGGCCAGAUAUUCCAGCUACACACCACGCUGGCCGAGACGGCUGCCGGCUCUCUGGACGCCCUCUGCUCGGCCCCCACGACUGCCGCCACCACCCAGCUGGGGCCCUAUGCCUUCAAGAUCCCGCUGUCCAUCCGCCAGAAGAUCUGCAGUAGCCUGGACGCCCCCAGUGCCCGGGGCAAUGACUGGCGGCUGCUGGCCCAGAAGCUUUCCGUGGACCGGUACCUGAACUACUUUGCCACCAAAGUGAGUCCCACGGGCGUGAUCCUGGACCUCUGGGAAGCUCUGCAGCAGGACGACGGGGACCUCAACAGCCUGGCAAGUGCCUUGGAGGAGAUGGGCAAGAGUGAGAUGCUGGUGGCCAUGACGACAGAUGGGGACUGCUGAGCCGCCUGGGACUCGCUCAGCUGGCAGGACCACAGGAGGCGGGCGAAGGGAGGCUGGCGGGCAGCCUCAAUGGGGCCGCCACUCAGCCCUGUGGCUGCUCUCCUCCACCCCUGACCACGACCAGCCUUACAAAAUCCAUGUACUCUCUGUUGUCCAAGGACCAAGGUGUUUCUCCACCUGCCCGUCUCUCUCUCUCUCUCUCUCUCUCUCUUUCUCUCUAUCUAUCUAUCUAUCUCUGGCCCCAGCCCUCCACGCAGGGAUGAGGAGUGGACGGGGGCUUCUGUCAGGGAAGGCGGGGCUCUCCCCCGGCCCCCCACCCCCACCCCGGGCCCGGAACCCUGUGUUCCUGCACAUGUCAAUCCUUCCUCGGCUGUUGGUCUCUGCCCUCCCUCGUCCCCUCCCCUCUCACGCCGUUCUCCUCUCUGACGAGCUGAGUGCUGUCCAUUCAGAUGGCGUUCUCCUGUCCAAACAGAAGGAACGGAGAAGGGGCGCUUCAGGCGUGCUCCGGAAGCUCAUGAAGAAGAAAGCCACCAAGCCACACGGGAAAGGAAGCCCCGUUUCCUAGGAAACGCAGAUGAUUUAUUAUCCAGAUACUUGGAUAAGUCCUUUUUAAGAAAAAGAAAUACACAAAAAAUUAGAAACCUCUUUUCUUGAGUGGACGAGAGUGGGCAUGCGCAUGGUUCUGGCCAAGUGUGUGUGUGUGUGUGUGUGUGUGUGUGUGUGUGUGCACGUGAGCAGGCAUGUGCGUGGCACUGAAUAGGGAACACGUUUCUAUUGAUGAGAUUGAUUAUGCCUCCGUUUCCCCAGCCUGGGUUGAGCUGUAGGACCAUGCUGCCCUUGAAAAUGGGCAUCUGUGAUGGUGAGGGUCAUGGUGAACCCCAAGCAGGCACCCUCAGGCCCUUAGAUUCAGAAGUUGGGGGCAGGCGGGCCUGGGCAGCUCUGAGCCAGGGAGAUGCCUGAUGAUACCUGGGAAGGGGUGUGCCCCAGAAGUAAGGGGAUCCUCCUGGAUCCCUCUGCCCUACAGUGUCCAUAGGGAGCCAGGACCCCUGGGCUGGGAGCAGGAGUCCAGAGGGUCCCCCUCACGCCUCAGUUUCCUUCUGCAGAAGAGCUGGGUGGGGUGGAGGGGCCUGUGCUCCUGGACCAGGCUGGCUCUGAGGAGGAAGAAGCAGUCACUGCCCUCGCUCAGGGUGGGAGCACUGGAGGAGGAUGGGAGGGGAGCACUUUCCCAGCUCUGAUCUCCUCCGGGCCCUCCCUUUAAUCCUCUCCCCACCCUCAGCAGUGUGGGAGAUCACCAAGUCACUUCCUGAACAGGGCUGGGUGUUCAGGGUGCGAGGACUGGGACCCGGACCGGCCUGUUCCAAAAUGUUCCAAGAAGCCAGCAGGGUCUGAAGUAUGGGUGGGUGGGUGAGUGAGCCCAUGUCCCUUUUCUGGGGCUAAGACUGGACCAGGAUCUGCAGCCGCUGCAGACCAUGCAUCAAAGGCCUCUCCUGGGCUCAGGGCCAGGCGAGCUCCCUCGCUGCUCUGGGCCCUGACCCCCAGGCUCGUCCCAGCAGGUUCCCGAACAGCUUUCAGGGGCAACCUGGGUACAUCCUGUCCUUGGAAGAAUGCUUCCAAGAGGAGAGCGUCAGCCUGGCUUCCCUGUCUGAAGCCUCAGGUUUGUGAGGUGCCCCGCUGCCCAGCAGGCCCCAGGAGUGGAGCUAGCCAAGGGCAGCCUGCCAGCAGCUUCAAGGGGAAAGAGUCUGUCUCGGGGCUUCUGGAGGGGCCAGGCCUGCACCGGGCUCCCAAGGCCAAUAGUAAGGUGCUCUGCCCUGGUACCUGCAGGGCACUGCCCUGGACACAGCCCGUGCGACUUCCCUGUCUGGGCUCCCUGAGUGCUGUGGGCCUUGGUGAGCGGGGCUUUGGGCUGCGAGGGAAAUGCCUGUGUGUGGUCCGCGAGUCCACAGACCAGGAGGGGGUCCAGCUUUGCCAUUAAUCCAACCGCUGUGUUCUCGGGCAUGUGCGCCCUGCCUUCGCUGAGCCUCAGUUUCCGUUUUAAUACUAAGGAGGCCUCAGGGCUGCUAUCUGAUGCACUGUGACUUUUGGCUCUAACAGGCUCCCUCCAAGAUCGUCCCCCGAGCUGCCAUAGCCAUAGCGCUGUCCUCCCCAGCCACGCCCAGACGACAGCUCAGGGAGGUCAGUCCGGCCACCGGCUGGCACUGGCUCUAGGCUGAUUCCUAGAAAUUGUGAACCAGGGCCUGGGGCAUAGACCCGACUGGUUGCAUCCUCCCGGGAGGGCGCAGACUGCCCAGGUCUACAAGAAACACCCGGAAAGGGUGUUUUGGUUCCUUCCGGCAGCCGUGAAGGCAUAGUCACACCCCCACCAGCUGCCUCCCUGCUGGGAAUAGCCCGUCCUCUUCCUCAGGCCUGAGGGUCAUUCCAGGGCACCUGGUCCCAGAGAACGGCCGAUGAGACGCGCCGUGGCCUGUGGGAGGUCGCUGGUCUCUGCAGAGUGCUUGCAUGUGUGCUGUGUGCGUGCUGUGUGUGCGUGAGCUUGUCUGUGGGCACACUGGGGUGCCCCUCAGGAAUGUGUGUGUCCCCGCCUGUGUGAGCUGUGUGCCUGGAGGCUGGCAUGCCCCCCCAUGUCCUGAACUCCAGCUCAACAGGGUCAGUCAGUGUAGCUUCCACGUGCCUCUCCCUCUGCCUUCCCUCAGGCGGUACCCCAGGCUCCGAGGAGGUGGGGGAUCCUUCCCAUCUCCCAGACAACCUAGAGCCUCUGGUCCUUCUGGCACCAGGUGGCUGAGCCGGGGCCAUUAGGAGGUCCUUGAGGGGGCUGGGUACAGGGAGCAGCCCCCCUGGAGGGAAGGGCUGGGCCCCUGCCUGGGCCAUGGACAUGGCUCUAUGUCCAGGGGUCCAGAAAUGGCCCCAUCCCACCUGUUUAUUCUGUAAACUACUACCUGUAAAUACUGUUUAGCAUUCCAAUUGUCACAAAGUUAAUUUUUAUUAAAUUAUAUUUCCUAGUCUAAUAAAAAUUUUUAAAAAA